GCAAAUUCGAAAACUGUCAAAUUAUUCUUGUUUACUUGUAGUUUUUAAAUUAAUUGCAGUUUAUUACGUUUCCCUCAAGAUUAAUUAACAACAAUUACGAAAAAUGGCAACUUUGGAGGACAAAAUUUUAGGAGAAAAGCUUCACAAUUAUUGUAGCAGUAGCGAAGAAAGUGAUAAUGAGAAUUCAGACUCCGAAGAGAAUAACAAAAAGGCCCCACAGCCGGAAAGUGCUCCUCUUCCUGAACCAAACAAAUGGGAGGGUACUUCUACAAAUACUGGACCAAAAGGAGUAAUUAAGGAUUGGCAGAGAUAUAAACAACUUGAAAACGAAAAAAGAAAGGAAGAUGAAAAAGAAAAAAUUGAACUAAUGAAAAAACUCACUUUGACUGUACAAUCUGCCCUGGAUGAAGAACGAGAGAAAGCAGCCUUAGAGGAUCCAGAUUUAGCAGAAUUAUUGAAUGAUGAAUUUUUAGUGGACUACCAAAAGCAAAGAAUGAAGGAAAUGCUACAGCAAACCAAUCACAAUAUUAAAUUUGGUAAACUGAUAAUGUUAAAAGAUGGCCAGGAAUUUUUGAACGCAAUUGAUAGAGAACACCAAUCAGUAACAGUCAUUGUUCACAUCUACGAAGACAAUGUAGAGGCUUGUCGAGCCAUGAACUCCUGUCUGGUCAGCCUAAGCAAACUUUAUGACAAUGUCAAAUUCUGUUGCAUUGUGGGCUCCUGUGCUGGCAUGAGCAAAAAAUUCAAAGCAGGCGGUGUUCCCGCUCUUCUAGUUUACAAGGCAGGAAACUUGGUGGGAAACUUUAUUAAAUUAUCCAACGAUUUGGGUAAUGAUUUUGCUUCGGAAGAUGUACAAGGGUUUUUGGUGGAACAUGGAAUGCUCGAAGAUAAAAGCUGUACUCCUUUGCUCAUCAGAAGUUCAGCCAAUGAUAGCGACAGUGACUAGGUUAAAUAAUAAUGUAAGUAUUAUACUGGUGCUCUCCUUUGAAGUGUUCAUGUACUAUGCUCCAUAUAAAAAAAAAUCAUUUCAAACAAAUAAUUGAGGUUAUGUAUUAACGCCAA